GGGAAGUUUCCCUCUUGCGACCUGAGGCGGAUCGUCGUGCACGGAGCUCUUCACGCGCACGGCACGAUGGUGUGAGGCGGACGCACACGAUGGAGGAGGCUGCCAGCCAACUGGAGAGGGAACACGUGCACAGCGUCUACGACAAGAUCGCUCCCUAUUUCAACGACAGCCGCUACAAGGCCUGGCCCAAAGUGCGACAGUUCCUGCUGGACCUGCAGCCGGGAAGCAUCGUUGCCGACAUCGGUUGUGGCAAUGGCAAGUAUCUCCACAUCAACCAGGAGGUGUUCAAGCUGGGGUGUGACGUCUGUCGCCCCCUGGUGGACGCUGCCUGGAGCCAAGGACACGAGGUGCAGAUGUGCGACGGGCUGCACUUGCCUUACAGAGACGGCUGCUUCGACGCCGUGCUCUCUAUCGCAGUCAUCCAUCACCUGUCCACCAAAGAGCGGCGUAUCCGAGCAAUAAGGGAGAUGGCCCGCACCCUGCGAGUGGGCGGGCGCAUCAUGAUCUACGUGUGGGCCAUGGAGCAGAAGCGCCGUAAAUUCGAGAAGCAGGACAUCUUCGUGCCGUGGAACCCGAACCCUCACUCGGCCCUCAACGCCAAGUCCAGGAGGAGGGCCACGGCUCAGAGCGCGAGCGAAGCCAUAGACAACACCGACAAGCACAGGAAGGUUAGAAGCACAUCCUCCGUGGCGGACGAGGAGGACCUGACCAGUGCCACGCCGAGGACGCAGAGGCUGUGGUUCUUCUCCAGGUCUCUGGACUCCGUGUUCGACUUUGGGAGUUUGACCCUCUCCCGCUCGUCCUCCCGGGAGCUGAGCACUUUGUCCUCGCCCACGGGAGAGAGCGAGGGAACCAAGGCGACGCAGCGCGGGAGAGGGCGUGGCCUCAUCAAGCAGAUGUCCAGCUUCUUCUAUCCCUCGUCUGUGAUUGGAUCAGAGGAGGACGUCUUCGACCCGGUCACGGACCUGCACAGGGCGCCGCAUGAUCGGGGAGGAAACAACAACAACAACAUCGCGCCUAGCAACGGCGGCCCAGACAACCAGAGGGUCUCAUUAUCUCUCGCCCAGGAGUGCGGCUCCCUGGCCCUGCCGGACCUGGUGCCGUUCCAGAGGGAGCAUCUCAAACAGUCUGCAGACGAGAGCGCAGGAGGGCCGGCGGGAACAGAACGGGAGGAAAGCACACAGAGUGGUCCGGGGAGCGAGGGCCAGGUGGAGGGCUCCUGUCUGAGGUACUAUCACGUAUUCAGGGAGGGAGAACUGGCCGCGCUGAUCGGGAACCACGUGGAGGAGCUGCACGUCACACACACUUACUUCGAUCACGCCAACUGGUGUGUGGUGGCCGAGAAGGUCCAGUUGUGGAAAAUAUGAUUUCUAACCCCGUUCGAUUUUUUACUUUGC